AGGGAGUGGUUGCGGUGGGCUUUGCUGAUCAGUUAAAGCAAAUAUAUAGCUGGCUUAGAGCUGUCUCAAUCCUCCAUUGCCAAAACCCCUCUCUCUCUAUCUCUCUCUCUCUCUCUCGCCAUCGCCAUGAAUGUGGCUGUGCAGUUAGGCAUCAUAUGUAUUAGAGGUUAAAGUGGAGGAGGAGACCGGGCUAAGAAAGAAAAGGAGAGUGCGGUGGUGGUGGUGGUGGUGGUGGUGAGCACGUCGUCGUUCGCCGGCGAAGAGAAGAUGAGCGCCUCCAGGUUCAUCAAGUGCGUCACCGUCGGCGACGGAGCCGUUGGCAAGACUUGUAUGCUUAUCUCCUACACUAGCAACACCUUUCCCACUGAUUAUGUGCCGACGGUUUUUGAUAAUUUUAGUGCAAAUGUGGUUGUUGAUGGGAGCACUGUUAACCUAGGUUUGUGGGACACAGCAGGUCAAGAGGAUUACAAUAGAUUAAGACCUCUAAGCUAUCGCGGGGCUGAUGUAUUUAUACUUGCAUUUUCUCUAAUUAGCAAGGCAAGCUAUGAAAAUGUAUCAAAAAAGUGGAUUCCUGAAUUAAGGCAUUAUGCUCCUGGGGUCCCAAUUGUUCUUGUUGGAACAAAGCUUGAUCUACGGGAGGAUAAGCAAUUUUUUGUAGACCACCCUGGGGCUGUUCCGAUUACAACAAAUCAGGGGGAGGAGCUGAGAAAACUGAUUGGAGCUGCUGCUUACAUUGAAUGUAGUUCUAAAACCCAACAGAAUGUGAAGGCUGUUUUUGAUGCGGCCAUCAAGGUGGUUCUCCAACCACCCAAGCAGAAGAAGAAAAAGAAGAAGAAGGGACAAAAGGCAUGCAGCAUCUUGUAAGAAUUCUCGAGGAAAGAAAAGAUAUCUAGCUGAUACUCAUAGUUCCUUCUUCUCUCUCAUUGUCUUUCCACCUUGAGGAUGUGGCAAGCUGUGGUUAAUAUAGUCUCGACUGACCGGCACUAGGCACUUUGCAACGUCAAGGGGUUGGAUGUCAUUUCUUAAGUUGUGUUCUGAUUUGUAUACUGAAUGAUUCAAAAUUAUGUAUUUGUUAAUGUGCUCAGCUCUAUUUUAUCUCUUGGUAUCCAGAUUGGGAUUAUGUGUUAACCAGAUUGUCUGGAUCCGCUCCAUAUGAAACCAAACUGUUUACUCUGUAGGCACAAUAGAGAUUUCAUACCCGUUUUGCUGAUGUAGAGUACUUGAAAAGUUGUGUUUAGCUUUGAUAUGUAAUGUGCACCAGUCAUACUUUUGUACUGUGGCUUUACAGCCAACUCCCUGCUGUGCUUUUCAGUUUCUAAGAAUGUUCUUGUGAGGCAA